AUUCUCCAGACUGAAACACAGAUAACAGAGUAACCUCUGUGAUCUGUGCACUCAAACGACGACUUUCCAAUUUAUAACCUCAGAUUUAAAAAUCUGUUGUCAAAUCUAACCCAAUUUAAGUUAUUUACACUGAAAAAUGGCUCGAAAUGCAGAAAAGGCUAUGACAACCCUGGCUAGAUGGAGGGCAGCACAGGCCAGCGAGACCGAAAAAGUGAAGAAAAGGAGGCCAUAUUUGGCGUCAGAAUGCAAAAGUCUGUAUGCCUGUGAAAAGUGGAGGAUGCAGAUAAUACGCGAAGUGGCAAAAAAGGUUGCUCAAAUUCAAAAUGCCGGUUUAGGUGAGUUCAGAAUCAGAGAUCUGAACGAUGAAAUCAACAAGCUGCUCAGAGAGAAGCGACACUGGGAGGAUCAAAUAAAGGAAUUGGGAGGCCCAGAUUAUCAAAAAGUUGGACCCCGUAUGCUGGACCACGAGGGUAAAGAGGUUCCAGGAAAUAGGGGAUAUAAAUAUUUUGGAGCCGCUAAAGAGUUGCCCGGGGUUAGGGAGCUAUUUGAACAAGAACCGCCUCCACCUCCAAGAAAGACGCGGGCCGAAUUGAUGAAGGAUAUUGAUGCAGACUAUUACGGCUACAUGGAUGAUGAUGAUGGCAUUUUAGUGCCUCUGGAAUUGCAAGCUGAGAAAAAAGCCAUAAAGAAAGCUGUAGCGCAAUGGAAAACUAAAAAAGAGGCCAGAAUGGAAACCGAUGCUUCGUCAGAGGAAGAAGAGGAGGAAGUAAACAUUUACGCCAGCAAAGAGACUGAUGAAACCCCACAAACUAUGAGCCAAUUAGUCGAUGGAUCACAGCAACGAUUCGUAGCCCAUGUGCCUGUUCCCUCGCAACAGGACAUCGAACAAGCGCUUCUCCGAAGACGCAAGCAAGAACUGUUGAAUAAGUAUGGAAUAGCAGAGGAGCAGUGAAUUAAAGAGUUUAUGUUGUCACAUCAAUUGAUUUAUUUUGAAAAAUUACAUCUUAAGGUAAAGUA